AUGGCGACCAGCGACCCACAGUCGUACAAUAUACUCCUGGUGGGUAAAACAGGAAGUGGUAAGAGUUCCACGGGAAACUCCAUCCUUGAGAAAAAUGUGUUUCAAUUAAGAAAACCCCAUGACUCGUCUGAUGGAGACGUCAUCGCAUGUCAUUCUUCUGUUGUGGAUGGCAGAUAUGUGUCAGUUGUCGAUGGAACUGGCAUAGGCGACACAUAUGUGGAUUUUAAUGAAGGUGUGAAGUCUUUAUUACAAUCAGUUGAAACGACAAUUAUUAGACAAGAUAUGUCUUGCUUUAACGCCAUCAUUGUUGUUCAUUCCAUUUACGAAAGGUCAGAAAUAAAAUUGAAAAAAUCUGUUUUUGAAAUCAAAUCAAUUUUUGGACACUAUGUUCUUAAACACUGGGGAAUUAUAGUAGUGACCUUUGGUGAUCUAUUUGACCUCAAUAACCUCGAUGAGAAUAUCCAUUCAUUUAAAGAUUGGUGUCAACAACAAACUGGGUAUUUCCAGAUUUUACUUGAGGAAUGUAACAACAGAUGUGUCCUGUUUGACAACAAAACAGCGGACAAAAACAAACAAAAGGAACAAAGGAACAAACUCAUGUCAGUAGUGGACAGCAUUAUUCACAAGCAAUACACGAUAGAUGACUUUGACAGCCCAACUUUUAAGCUUUCUAGACAACAGCUUAUUCUUAUGGAAGAAGUCAAUCGUAAAUUAGAAGAGCUUGAUGUUACCAUGAACAGCCGGCAUGACGUCAGUAAACAGGAACUUGAACUCUUG